UGGAGGUGUCGGUGUCCGGUCACCGCUUCAUUCAGCUCGGCCGGUGACACGAAGAAAUGAAUGAGCCUCUUUAAGAGCAGCUUCAGCUUUCAUGUGCACGAGCAGCUCCGCCUCGUUUGGCUCAUCGGUCGCGGGGAUUCUCCGUAUUGAGGCGCAUGAUGUCCGCGGGCUUGAGCGCUGCGGCGGCCCGGUGUUGUGUCGCGGUGCUCGGGCUGCUGGUGCUCCUGCGGGUUCCCGGGGCCCUGAUGACCGACACGGACACCGACUGCUCGACACACGGUGAACACGGAUGCGAAGGUCUGUCCGAGAGCAAAAGUGGCCUUCAUGUGUGUAAUGAAUCUAGUUGUGUUUUCGGAGGAAUCUGCAGAGACAACGGAUCACACCUGGAGUGUCUUUGCCAGUUUCAGUGUCCACGAAUGUUUGAUCCAGUUUGUGGCUCUGAUGGAGACACAUACCACAGUGAAUGUUUCUUAAGACAAGCAGCCUGUGAACAGCAGAGCCCAAUCACCAUAAUUACAGAAGGACACUGUCCCGAUGCUGAAUCUGCAUCUGGAGAUACAGAUCUGGAGAGCUCAGGCCUGGAGCCCAGCACAUACUCCAGGUGUUCCAGCUGCAGGUUUGGGGCAGAGUGUGAUGAAGACUCUGAAGGCAUUUGGUGUGUGUGUAAUAUAGACUGCGGUGGCUACAAUCUGAACCCAGUGUGUGGAUCAGAUGGACAGUCUUACAGUAAUCCAUGUCAGGUCAGAGAAGCUUCCUGCCUGAAACAAGCUCAGAUUAAUGUGCGACACCUUGGACAGUGUUCAGGUUCAGCUGUGCUAGUGGGCGGAGCCAAUGUUGGCAGAGCGAUGCCUUGUCCGGAAAUCAACAGUAGCUCAUGUGUGCAUGGAACCUGUGAGAUGAAAAAUGAUCUGGCAACGUGCAGGUGUAAUCUGGGUUUUUCUGGCACACACUGUGAGCUAAGAGACUUCAGUGAGUUAUACGUGGUGCCCAAUGGACAGAAGCUUCAGUACAUCCUGAUUGCUGCGAUCAUUGCAGCCGUACAGAUCAGCAUCAUCAUCGCUAUCAUAAUAUGCAUCACAAGGAUUCAUCCAAAAAAGCCUCGAGCACGUCUUCAGAAACAGAAUAAGGGACACUUUCCCAAAGAUGGAGGACGCAGGAUUGUAUAACUAAAACCGAAAUGCACAAACUAUACACUACCUGACAAAAGCCUUGUCGCCAAUCCAAGUUUAUCCAAGCCUAAUCCCAGGAACAACAAAUAAUAACUUAACUUCUAGUUGAUCAUUUGGUAUCAGUUGAUAUGAAAGGCCAAGGCCUCUAUAUGACGCAUAUUUUACCAAAAUAAAAUAGUAUCAUGCCUUGAUUUUUAAUUAUUUAAUUACAACAGUAAGGUCUGACUUUGACAAAAGUCAGAAAUAAUGUACAGUAUAGAAUAUAAAGUCAUGGUGCAGUGGAAAUAAAAUUAAAGUUGUGUAUGACUCCCAUAAGCUUGGAGGACUACACUUUACAUCUCUGCAAUGACUCAAAUAACUUAUUAAUAAAGUCAUCUGGAAUGGCAAAGAAUGCGUUCUUGCAGGACUCCCAGAGUUCAUCAAGAUACUUUGGAUUCAUCUACAAUGCUUCAUCCUUCAUCUUACCCCAGACAUGCUCAAUAGUGUUCAUGUCUGGUGAGUGAGCUGGCCAGUCCUUGAGCACCUUGACCUUCUUUUCUUUCAGGAACUUUUAGCACAAAUCAUGAUUUUUCCUUCACCAAACUUGACUGAUUUCUGUGAGAAUUUUGGGUCCAUUUGGGUUCCAAUUGGUCUUCUGCAGUAUUUGUGAUGAUUGGGAUGCAGUGCAACAUAUGAUUCUACCUUCUGCCACUUUUCCAAAUGAUCAACUAGAAGUUAUUAUUUGUUGCUCUUACAACUAGGAUUGAAGACAAGACUUUUGUCAGGUAUUGUACACUAAACAUACACAUUCACCUACGCACAUACAUCACAUACACACAUUCCCUUUAGCUUAUUUAAAAAAAAAGAUAUUUAGAUAGAGUUUUAUAAGUCAAUAUUAUAGUAUUUCAGUGGCCUUAUUCCACCCUAUUUAUUGAGAGCUUUUUUAAUUUUUAUGUUCAUUUUUUUACAUUUACCCUUUUCAUUUUUGCUUUUGGUAAUCUUUCCUCCUCAUUUUAAGUAGUCUGAAUGCAGUAAAUCCACAUGGUGAAAUGUUUACAUUAAGUAGAACAGUACUUUCUUGAAAAAAAUAAUAGAAAUAUGAGUGAUGUCUGGUAUGUAAAACAUGCUGGCAUGAUGCUAGGGUGUUUAUAUACAUACAUUUGUGUUUUUCUCACUUUGGCCAGUAAGAAACCAUCCAGAUCUCCUUCACAACAUAGAGAAACAGGCACAAAAAUGUCCAGAAAACAGCUGCAACGGCCGGAUAGUCAUAAUGUCUUGACAACUUAUAACAGAUUUCAAAUUUAAUUAUAUUAAAAGAAAAGAAACAAGAAGCCCAAGAGCCAGUGUACUGAUCUACCAUUUACUAUUUUCUCCUUCUGGAACUGAAUUUCUAGUUUUCAAGCUAUGAUUAAACUCAGGUCAGACGUUUAGGAGGUUUUAUCUUUUCUAACUGAUCAGACUUGUGGGUUUCUGAAAAACAGACAAUCAAAACUAUAUAAAAAAAGAGUUUCAAUGAGGAUAUCAAAACUUUUAAACAUCUCAAAAUAUUAAACCAACAUAUGCCAAGUUCAAAAACUAGCUAACAUUUUAGAAACAUGCCAGCAACAUGCUAACUCAUACUAACAAUAUGUUAAAACAUUUAAGGGAUGCUUAACAUAUUUAAUCAUGCUAGCAAAAGAUGCCUAUUCUUUCAUUCUUUCUUUCUCAAAACUCUUUCAAUCAUUCAGGUAAGGCUCUCCAACAACACUAAAUCAUGUUAGCAAUAUGUUAAAACUUCCUACAGUCGUAUAGCUAUGUAAUAAACAUUCCAAUUCAUGAUGGCACGUGUUUUUAGCAUUUAGAAAAACAGCAACAACAUGCUAAUCGAUGCUAGCAUUCUGCUUAAACUUUGUAAACAUGCUAACAAUGUUAAUUUAUGCUAGCAGUGCUUUAAAACAUGCAAGAAAUAGUUUUUCUUCACUCCAAGUUCAAACGUGUAGCUUCUAAAGCUGUUUCCAAAAAAUCAGGCUUCCCAAGCCAACAUAAACUCUACUAUAGUUGUUUUUACUGUCCAAAGUUUGUUAUGGUUGUGUUCCUGUACAAGUCAUUGCAGCACAAAAAUGACAUUAAGUAACACUGUGUAACACACUUACAAUUGUGAACCCUAGGGGUGAAAGGUCAGAGAAUGUUUGUAAAGCCUAUUCCUGCCAGAAUGUUGUUCUAUGUCUGCUAUAACUUAUAUCCACCUUAUUUUGAAAAUAAGAAUUAUGGCCAUUGUACCUCAUUUUUACCUGACUGUGUAAGGCUUCUGCCGUCAGAAGCUUGAAUUUAUUUUAACUGUACAAAAGCAAUCCAUUAUGCUGCUUGACAUUGACAAUUAUCAUCAUAAACACAUUACUUAGUAGUGCAAACUGCACGUUUUAUCAUUCCAAUUAUUUUUAUACAUCAGCUACAGUUAGGGAUGUCCCGAUCAGUUUUUUUUGUCCUCAAGUCCGAGUCAUUUGAUUUUGAGUAUCUACCGAUACCGAAUCCAAAAAGAGCCACAUAUUGAUAAAUAAUGUUAUGAUAGCUGAUUUAACAUUAGGUUAUGAUUGAAUUGCCUCUUGUUACAGUUAUGAAAUAGUUUGAUAACAAGCAUGACCACAUUGAAAUGGUCUAUAUUACAUAAAAAAUGAAUAAAGAAGAGCGAAGAAACAGAUCCAGGAUGUUCCUUAUUUUUUAUUUCAUUCAUCUUAUUUUAACAUUCAACAACUCUGUUAACAAACAGAGCACUUCUGUGGGGUAGCUUGAACAAUCAAGUAAUAAAUAACAUAAAUUCUUCACUUUUUUUACUUUAGUGCAACAGUAAAUAUAAAGAAAAUCUAAAAUAAAAACAAAUAGCACCUCAAUUUAAAAUACCCGGCAGGCAAUCCCUAGUUUACAUAUCUCACAGUUUGCUAUGGCAAUGUUGUCGUCAUCAACUUUAUAAUACCUCUUGACUGCAGACAUACUCUUGCUUUCCGCUUCAAGCUGCUUUUGUGUUCUACUUUUGCCAGCAUCUCUGCAACAAAGUGAAGUCAUGUCCCACGCAUUGCUGUUUCUGUGUGAAGUCAAGAAAGAGGUCUAACGCAUAACUAGAUGUGUUAAAAAAUGAGAAUAUAUAUACAGUGCAUCCGGAAAGUAUUCAUAGCACUUCACGUUUUCCACAUU